AUGGGCCCCUGUACCGCCUCCUCAUGCUGCUGCCAGGCCCGUAAUCUGCCAUGGGCCCCCGUACCGACUCCUCAUGCUGCUGCCAGGCCCGUAAUCUGUCAUGGGCCCCUGUACCGCCUCCUCAUGCUGCUGCCAGGUCCAGAGUGUCUCAUGGGUCCCUGUACGGCCUCCCAUUGCUGCUGUCUCCAUCGCCACACUCUGCCAUGUGCCACUUUCAGGUCUCCUCACACUGCCGGUGGGUUCCAUUUUGUCAUAGGGUGCUGUAUGGCCUCCCAUUGCUGCUGCCUCCACCGCCACACUGUGGCUCCACACUCUGGUUUUGGCCCCGUGACUGCCCAAAUGAGUGAAGUGUGCGGUGAUUCUAAGAUCGACGGCACUCAUCUGCAUGUCAUACUGACUGACAGUAUUAUUUCUCUUCCCCAGCAGACUCCAAGGGCAUUUAAAUUAAAGGUACAGUGUUCUGCACUAAUAUAA